UGAUCCGUCGCGGGAGGCUGCGACCGAGAGGAGAGCCCCCGACUCCAUCGGCGCCGUUGGAGUAUGAGCAAGUGGACCGCGAGAGAAGAGUGCCGCUGAGGAAAGCGCCCUGACAAGUGAGGCCCUCCGCCCUCGACACACGCUCGCCGCCUUCAAGCAGCAGACACACUAACCGAGAGUAAGCGAGCCGCCACCCCGCCAGAAAUGCCCGCGAUUCCGGGCUUUAAUAUGUCGGCCAUCGGGCCGGUGGUCGGAAGCCUGUGGGAGACGGCCAAGUCAAAGAUUCCCAGCAAAUGCAAGGAGAUGGCCGGCGGGGGCGGCCCGGCGGCCGCUCCCAACGAAAACACCAAUUUUGCUAAGUUCGGGGGCGGAGGGCCACAGCAGCGGAGUGCGGGCUCGCACGAAAUGAGGGACUUGGGCCGCGGGCGGGCCGCCAGCACCACCAGCAGCGACGACUUCUGCGGCGGCGAGUCCAGCCAAAAAGGACCCGACUUUAAGAUCAACGAGUGGCAGGCCGCUUGGAAUGUCACCAACGCUAUUCAGGGCAUGUUCAUUGUUUCUCUGCCGUUCGCGGUGCGGCAAGGCGGCUACUGGGCCAUCGCUGCAAUGAUUGGUAUCGCGCACAUCUGCUGCUACACGGGUAAAAUUUUGGUUGAUUGCCUUUACGAAGAUGUGGACGUGUACGAAGGCGAGGAAGAGGGCGCAUUGCCACCAAGACCACCACCUCCAACGCGACCGGAAAACAUCUCCUGGGAGGACGACAGCAAAUACCAAUCGACGGACUUUUGGGAUCAACCCGCUGGGUACCAGCAACAGCAAAGCGUGACCUUUGAAGACGAGCAGUUCCAAUCGAGCAACCCCAACAACCCUUUUUACCAAGCGAUAGAAGAAGAACAAAAACAACAGCAACAAGCCGUGGAGCCUGCCCAACCGCAACAAAACAACGGAGUUCCGAGAGGCCGACUCAUAGGAAAACGCAAAGUCAGGGUGAGGGACAGCUACGUGGCGAUCGCAAGGGACUGCCUAGGACCAAAGUGGGGCAAGCGGAUGGUCCACUGUGCCCAACUCAUUGAGCUGCUGAUGACAUGCAUCCUGUAUGUCGUCGUCUGUGGAGAUCUCAUGGUAGGCACAUUCCCCGAAGGACCCAUCGACACCAGGUCUUGGAUGAUGAUUUGCGGCAUCCUCUUGAUCCCACUCAGCUUCCUGAAGAGUCUGCACGCCGUUUCGGUGCUGAGCUUCUGGUGUACCAUGUCUCACUUGUUCAUCAAUGCCAUCAUCCUGGGAUACUGCCUGCUGGAGCUGCCCGACUGGGGCUGGGGCAAGGUCAAGUGGACUCUCGACCUCGAGAAGUUUCCUAUAUCGCUGGGAGUGAUUGUGUUCAGCUACACCUCGCAAAUCUUCCUGCCGACCCUCGAGGGCAACAUGGAGGAUCCUUCCAAGUUCCGCACCAUGCUGGAUUGGAGCCACAUCGCAGCCGCAAUAUUUAAGUCGCUCUUUGGCUACAUGUGCUUCCUCACCUUCCAGAGUGACACACAGCAAGUGAUCACCAACAACCUUCACUCUGCUGGUUUCAAAGGGCUCGUCAACAUCUUCUUGGUCGUCAAAGCCAUCCUCUCAUAUCCACUGCCAUAUUACGCCGCAUGCCAGCUUCUCGAACGCGCAAUGUUCAGGGGCAAACCAAAAACGUACUUUCCAUCAGUAUGGGAACUCGAUGGAGAGUUGAAGGUAUGGGGUCUAGCCUUUCGCGUGGGAGUAAUCAUUGGCACAAUUCUGAUGGCCAUCUCGAUCCCGCACUUCGCCACCCUGAUGGGCUUCAUUGGCAGUUUUACUGGCACGAUGUUGUCGUUCAUCUGGCCCUGCUACUUCCACAUCAUACUCAAGGGCCACGAGUUGGAUGAUAAAACGAAAUACUUCAAUUAUUUCAUCAUAUUCCUGGGUGUGCUCUUUGGAGUCAUCGGAAUCUGGGAUUCGGGGUCCGAACUGAUCAGGGCCUUUUCCAUAGGUUUGCCCUUUUAAGGGUUUAGCGUCAUUCGUCAACGUGAACGGGGUCCUCUUACUGACGCUGGGCUUUUAAUUAAAAAUAUCUUUGAAACUGUGAUAGCUUGGAAUAUUUUCCCGAUGAUGACUAAACACAUUAACGAAAGUUUGAUUUCUUGCUAUUUGCACAUUUUGCCAAGAAUGUUAAAAAACUCACACAACUCCCAACAACUCGCAACCAAAAGCCCUAUGAGUAAGAGGAUCCUGAACUGAAAUGUUUGUUUUUUAUAAUUGUGAUUGCAAAACCAAGUCUUCCGCUCUGCAAAAGCAAUGAAACUUUGUCUUCCAUAUAUAUGACGAAAAAUGUAAAAAAUGUGCGUCUUCCAUUUAUAGGCGAGUUAAAAGUUAUAGAUGUGAAAUGUGAGUUAUACACACGCUGCAGUCGUGCAUUAUACAUUUAGAAAAGUAAAUAGAACAAUGUAAAUAAUUAAAAGGCUAUAUCAAGAAGCUCGCCGUCAAUCGCGAAAGCAAUUGACGCGCAUCGUUGAAAUUUCUGUAAUCCAUUGCAAUUAUAAUUACGUAUAUAUCAUGCGAAUAAUCGUGUGUCAUCGUUGUCGAUAUUUUAAAAUGUGUGUAUUUACAGCAAAAGUGAUUGAAUCCAGAGUCUUCCAUUCACACUUUUGUGGUUAUUUUCAUCAGAACUUGUAAAUGCCGAAUUGAAAAUGUGAGUGUAAAUCUGAACAUAACAUUGUCGAGAUAAAGAUAAGCAGCAAUAAAAAGUCAGUGACACAGCUAAACUGUAUACACACGCAAGGAGGCUUAGAAAUAUUCUAGCAGCCACAGCAGGGAAAAUCGUGUACCAAUAAGUGGCAAAAUCAUCACAGGUGUGUGCAAAAUAAAGUGUCAAAUUAUACAGUCUAUCUCAAAAAUAAUGUUCAACCGCAUUAAUUUUAACGACUGAUUUUUGCUAUUGGCUAUUCUAACGUAAAUAAUAUGGUUUGAUUUAAUUUAAAAAUCAAAACAGGAAAUUAAAAAUCAUGGUAAAAUGGGAUUCAAACGUAAGAAGUAAUGAGAGCGAAAAUUACUUUUAAUGAGAGCCUUGUUGUUGAUUAGCAAAGCGUCUUCCAAUAAUUGGUGACAGACAAAAGUUUGCGCCUUAUUUAAUUCUACUUGUUUGUUAGUUUUUCGUUAAUUUAAUACAAUUAAUACACUCUUAUAUAAGAUACUCAUUAUAUAUUAAUGUUGUGCGACAGAUAAUGUUAUGAAAAUUAUGAUUAUAAUAUAAUGUUAACAUCCCAACAUUAUACACAAAGAAAAUUAAAAAUAAA